UGCUGACUGGAGAGGUUCCUAUAAGGUGUCAGGACGUGGCGGUCUAUUUCUCCAUGGAGGAGUGGGAGUAUGUAGAAGGACACAAGGAUCAGUACAAGGAUCAGGUCAUGAUGGAGGAUCAGCAGCCCCUCACAUCACCAGUCAGAUCCAGUAAGAGAACAGCACCAGAGAGGUGUCCCCGUCCUCUUCUUCCACAGGAUGAUCAGGGAGAUGAUCCGAACAAUAUUAAUGCUCCAGAGACAGAUGUGAGCGGUGAUGAGCAGUAUAAGGAGGACAUUCCUACAGAAAAAGAUCUGAUCUAUAUUAAUGCUACAGACAUAAAGGAAGAAGAUGAGACAGAUGUGAGCGGUAACGAGCAGUAUAAGGAGGAUAUUCCGACAGGGAAAAAGCUGAUCUAUAUUAAAGCUACAGACACAAAGGAAGAAGAAGAAGAGACAGAUGUGAGCGGUGAUGAGCAUUAUAAGGAGGACAUUCCUACAGGGAAAGAUCUGAUCUAUAUUAAUGCUACAGAGAUAAAGGAAGAAGAGACAGAUGUGAGCGGUGUUGAGCAGUAUAAGGAGUACUUUCCUUCAGGUAACCACCCAGAUUCUUGUAGCAGGAGAUCAGAGGAGAAUCUUAUAUCUUCAGAUUAUAAAGCAGAUGAUGAUAUCACACAAGAUACAUAUGAAGAACAUUCCAUUAUCCCAGAUACACCCUCAGCCCUUCACAGCCAAGAUCUGUCAUCUCAUCCUUAUAUACAGGUCCUGUCUUCUCACUCAUCACAGAAAGGUCACAGAAGGGGUGUUGGACAUCAACGAGCUCAUACAGGAAAGAAACCAUAUUCAUGCUCAGAAUGUGGGAAAUGUUUAAUUAAGAAGUCAAGUCUUGUUGAACAUCAGAAAAUUCACACAGGAGAGAAACCAUUUUUAUGUCCAAAAUGUGGUAAAUGUUUUAUUCAGAAAUCAGCUCUUGUUCAACAUCAAAGAACUACACAAGGGGAGAAGCCAUUUUCAUGUUCAGAAUGUGGGAAAUGUUUUACUAAGAAAUCAAAUAUUGUUAAACAUCAAAGAACUCACACAGGGGAGAAGCCAUUUUCAUGCUCAGAAUGUGGGAAAUGUUUUACUUGCAAAUCAAAUCUUCUUAAACAUCAGAGAAUUCACACAGGAGAGAAGCCAUUUUCAUGCUCAGAAUGUGGAAAAUGUUUUACUGAAAAAUCACGUCUUGUUCAACAUCAAAGAACUCACACAGGGGAGAAGCCAUUUUCAUGUUCAGAAUGUGGAAAAUGUUUUACUGAAAAAUCACAUCUUGUUCAAGAUCAAAGAACUCACACAGGGGAGAAGCCAUUUUCAUGUUCAGAAUGUGGGAAAUGUUUUACUGAAAAAUCAUGUCUUUUUAAACAUCAAAGAACUCACACAGGGGAGAAACCAUAUUCAUGUUCAGAAUGUUGGAAAUGUUAUACUUCUAAAUUCGAUCUCAUUGUACAUCAAAGAACUCACACAGGAGAGAAGCCAUUUUCAUGCUCAGAAUGUGGGAAAUGUUUUACUUCUAAUUCAGGUCUUGUUCAGCAUCAAAGAACUCACACAGGAGAGAAGCUGUUUUCAUGUUCAGAAUGUGGGAAAUGUUUUACUAUUAAAUCAAGUCUUGUUAGACAUCAAAUAACUCACACAGGAGAGAAGCCAUUUUCAUGUUCAGAAUGUGGGAAAUGUUUUGCUCUUAAGCCAACUCUUUAUAAACAUCAAAUAACUCACACAGGAGAGAAGCCAUUUUCAUGUUCAGAAUGUGGGAAAUGUUAUACUGAGAAAGCAACUCUUGUUUACCAUCAAAGAACUCACACAGGGGAGAAGCCAUUCUCAUGUGCAGAGUGUGGAAAAUGUUUUGCUAAGAAAUCAAUUCUUCGUGAACAUAAACGAACUCACACAGGGGAGAAGCCAUUUCCAUGUGCAGAAUGUGGGAAAUGUUUUACUCAACAAUCAAGUCUUGUUAAUCAUAAAAGAACUCACACAGGAGAGAAGCCAAUUCAGAGCAGUAAAUGAUGCAGAUAACACAUCUAUAUAUAUCCAUAGGAUAUCUGACAUUUAUACAUAUAUCAUAUACUGCAUCUCCAAACUUGUUACCAAUUGUUAAUAAAAGUUUUCUUUCUUAUAUGAUUUAUUAUUCUUAUAUUCA